AGCGAAAAAGUUACCACUCGGCACGUUGCCAACAUGCGGGGAGGAACUUUGCCGGCUGCCCGGCCAGCCGGCGUGGUCAACGGUCAGCCUGCCGAACACGCGCGGGGGCCAGGCCAGGCGGAUAAUCCUACGUGCGCCGACGAUGGACGCGUGCGCGCACGAGUACACGACCGCACGAGCGCGCGCGGACACCGGCGGCCGGAGCAGCCAAAGGCAGGCCGACCGCCCAUCGGCCGCGACGCGACGCGGACCACGCCCCGGCCCCCGCAUCGUGCCGUCGGGCGUCGCUGCCGCCGCGACCCACUCUCCCCAGCUCCAGCUCGUCGUCGCGUCCCGGGUGUCUGGUUGGGUUGGGUUCGGCCGCGGGCGGGGCCCGCCGUGUCAGGGGCAGUUAGCGGCGGUUGGGCGCCCCGCGCCCGCUACCUCGGCUGCUUAUUAUGCCGCCGCCCGCCUCGGGGAGAGGGAGACCAACCGCUGCUUGGGCUCCGCUCCUCGCGAACUCCUCCUCCUCCACGUCGUCGUCUCCUCCGCGUCGUCUUCGCGCGCCUCGAAAGAGAAAAAGAAUUAGCUGGCUUGAAGAUUAUGGCGUCUCUUACUCCAGGGAUACUAUUAAAGGUUCUCAAAAAUAUUAACUCCGAUGUGAAAGUAUGUGGAGAAUACCGGUCCAUUCUUCUCCAAGUUAUUAGCAUAGUCCCUGCAAUUACUGGUUUGGAGCUUUGGCCAGAUCAUGGUUUCUUCAUCAAAGUUUCAGAUUCGUCGCACUCGACAUAUGUUUCUUUGUCUAAGGAAGACAACGAACUCAUCUUGUCAAACAAACUACAACUUGGACAGUUUAUAUAUGUUGAGAAGGUUCAGUCAAGUAUUCCUGUUCCAGUUCUUGUUGGGGUCCGACCAGUUCCUGGAAGGAACCCUUGCAUUGGAAACCCAAAGGAUCUGAUGCAAAUGUCAACUCCCUCUGGGGUUAUGGAAGCACUGGAUCAUCAAAGAAAGACUUCCAAUUCAGCUGAUCUGUCUGAAAGUGAAAAAGAAAAUUUUCAGAGGAAGGUAGUUAUUAAAGAGCAGAAGUCGGUUGUUGCUUCCCGUUACAUGCUUGGGGUAUCAAGCAACAAUGGCAAAAUUACCAAUCUGAACUCCAGCAUUGAUAGUGACAAAAGUAAUGGAGGAAGUAGCAUAUGUGAAUCAAAUCAAAAGUCUGUUGCCCCAAAAGUCAGACAAGAGGCAAAACCUCAGGAACGGCCAAAUACUACAUCUCCUAGUCAGGCUAAGUUGGUACCCACAAAGCAAGAAAUUAACAAAGACACACGCAAGAAUAGUGGCACUUCACCUAGUCCAAAUGGUGCUGCUGUAGUGAAGAAGCAAAUGCCAAAGGAGAGGAAAAAGGAAUCUGCAGCUGAAAGAAGAUCACCGCCAAAGCUUUAUAGGAGUUCACCAAUGCCAGCUAGCGCUUCACCACCAAAGCUCAGUUUGUCAGCAAAGCAGAAUGGAAAUUCUGGUCCAAUCCCUUCUGUAUCUAGUGUUAAACGAAGAGUUACUGAAACUAUCUCCUGGGACUCCCUCCCGACAAGCCUAAUCAAGUCUGGAAAGGCUGUUGUCAGGAGGAAGAAUAUUGCUCUUAUAGUAGCAGCUGAGGCUCAAAGGGAGGCUGCAGCAGCGGCAUAUCUUGUAAAAGGCCUUGGAAUUUUCGCUGAGAUAAGGGAAUCUUCUGAAGUGGAUCCACAUGCUGCGAUCACCAAGUUUUUUCAGCUCAACCGGCUUAUCGUUCAGCAGAGUGCUGUCUGGAAAGCUUACUCCCCAGAGCCUGGCAAAGAAUCUCGAGCAGAGAAGGAAAAGCCGUCAAGGAAAGUUUCUGCAUCUCAUAACAAAGCUGCUCCAUGCAACACAGCAAAGAAUUCCGACGAUGCUCAGGCAGGUGAAAAGGUGGAAUGGGCCCGAGAGGAUGGCUUCAAGGAGAUCUGCAGGUCAUGGGUUGCUCUGAAAAAGGAAUCGCAGUCUUGGUUCCUGAGCUUAUUGGAAGAUGCUCUUGAGUCAGGAUUCAAGUUGGAGGAUCAAACCAAGAACACCCGGGAACGCGUGCGGGGACAAUCCAAGGGUGCGGAUGGGAGGAUCGCGGCUCGGCUGUCGCAGCUCAAGGAAACAAGCAACUGGCUCGAUCAGUUGCAGGACGAGGCGGAUGGUUUGGUCGAAACCAUUGAGCAGCUGAAGCAGAAGGUCUACAAGUGCUUGCUUGGAACAGUUGAAACCGCGGCAUCAGCGCUGGAAGGAAGGUAGGACACGAGAAAAAUGGUGGUGAAGAAGGAGGUUUAAGUUAUUGUAGCUGUACAGUACAACAUGAACGUAGGUUGGCGAAGAACCGAAGAUGGGAGAGGUGUAAAUAGUCGGCCGGGUUGCUGAUUUUAAUUUAUGAAUUACUGUAAUUCUUUUGACAUUUCCCGAUGUUGCGUGUGGAAUGUCGCAUUGAUGUCUCGAUCUUCAUUCAAAUACAGUGUUCGUCACGAAUGGUUGGAUCUUUGCAUUCUGCA